UGCAAACAGUCAAACUCAAAAUUCAAAAUGUUCAAAACUGUUUUGUAGAGUUGUGCAAGUAUGGUUUAAAGUUUAUAAAUUACAAGCAAUAUAGGCAGUUAAUUAUAAUUCUGAGAACAAAACUCAACUAUUGAAAAUGCCGCCUACGGAUGCUGAAAUUCCGCAAGCCGUGGGAAAGCCGAACCCACGGAACAACGCAACGAUGUUCAAAAUAUUCCAAAAUGUUCAAUAUAAUGUGGUGCAACACAAAAAGUAUGUUAAAGAAAUGAAAAAACUGUAUAAAAAGAUUGACGAGGAAUCCUUCCGCGAAAGCUUUAAAAAUGCCCUUCAAUAUCUAUUCACAUUUGGAGAUACUAGUGCAAAUGUGGACAGAGUUGUUCAGUAUGUGGCAACCUUCUGCACUUCUCUCGAUGAUGAGGAAGAAUUUCUGUUGUUCAUCUUUGACAUUAUCUUUGAGUGCCAAUGUGUAUCUGGACAGUCAGUGAGGUACAGAGCAAGUCAACUGCUGGCAGCUGUGCUUUCUGCCUUAGGUGAUGAUGCUUCUUUAGAUGACGAUCUCUGUGAUAAACUUCUUCAGUCACAGAUGCAAAGACUGCAAGACACUCGGGGUGCUGUGAGAUGUCGGGCCGCUUUAGCUCUUCAGAGAUUACAGAAUCCUAUGGAGCCUGAUGAUGAAGUCACUAGAGCAUACCGUUUUCACAUGAGCUGCGAUCCAAGCUCCUCUGUAAGAAGGGCCAUUGUAAUGUCAAUAGCAAAGUGCUCCCGAAACGUGCCAUUUGUGUUGGAGAGGCUAUGUGAUGUUGAUGAAGCUGUCCGGAGAGCUGCUUUUCUGUACAUAGCAGCUAAUAAUGUUACCCAGUUAAGGGUACGGCAAAGAGUUCUUACACUCAAAGUUGGUUUGACUGAGAGGAGUCCCAGGGUCCGCAGAGUUGUAGAAGAAAUAUUAAUUCCAAGUUGGCUGAGUACAUUCAAGGGCAAUAUCAUUGAUCUCUUGAAAGCAAUUCGUUUAGACAACACACAUGAUGCCAAAGACUCCGAAUAUGUUGCUGGCAAGCUUUUGGAGUCCCUUUUCAAGCGCCUUCCAAUAUCAGAAUUGCUGGAAUGGCUACCAACUGACAAGACUCUACGAUUAAUACCAGCAGAGAAGUUAAACAAGGAAACAGCUUGGUACUGGCGGCAUCUAGCGGAACACUUGCAGAAGAUAGAUGAUGAUGAAACUCUGGAGACCAUUCUACCAGAUCUAGUUGUUUUAACUGGAUAUAUAAGAGCGAUAGUAGAGGCGGAGUGCGAGGACGACGCGGGCGGCACGCGGCAGCACGUGCUGCUGGAGCUGGCGCGGCUGCUGCGCGUGUACGACGCGUCCGACCCGCCCGGCCGCGCCGCGCUGCAGGCGCUCAUCACCGACGCGCUCACCGGGGACAAGUGCAUCCUGAGCGCGGACGUGACGCGUGCGCUAGUCGGCGCUCUCGAGCUGGUGGUGGGCGACGUGGCGCAGCGCAUGGAGGUGGUGUGCGCGCUCGUCAGCAGCAUACGAGACAGCGACGAGCCGGAACCGCCGCCGCCUGCACCAGCUCAGCCCGUUGACUGCACUGAGCUUAAACUGCAGCGCGCCAGAUUACGUGUGUCGUUGAACGUCGCCAUGGAGGCCCAAGAGGAGGCCGUGAGAGAAGAAAACUACGCGCUCGCAGCAGAAUGUAAAGCUAAGGUUGCAGACAUUCAGAAGCAAUUAGAAGACCUUAAUAUUCAGCCAGCUCCAGCGCCUGUACAACCAUUGCCGGUAAUCAAAGAAAAGCAAUGCGACUCGGCGACGCUCAACAAGUGCCUGGUGAUACUGAACAGCGCGCUGGACACGCCGCAGCUCACUGCGCUCACGCCCGUCCUGCGCAUGAUCUUCACGGAGUUGGAGUCGGAACUCUUCCAGAAUCCAGAUAUUUUAGACAACGCCUUGGAAACUGUAGCGUUGUACGGUAUGCUGGAUAAGGAGUUCGCAAGGGAUCACAAAGCGUUCUUCUUUGCUAAUUUGGUAGACACGUCAAACGAGCCCACAGUAUCAACAGUAUUGCGCUGUAUAGUCGAUCUGCUGUGUGUCCACGGUGCGAAGGUUUUCGAAGAUGACUCCGUCGACGACACCAAGUCCAGUUCACGCAAGUCCAGCUCGCGGAAACGCAACACCAAACAUUCCGAUACUAUUGAAGAUGAUGAUGGUACUCUUUCCGAAUCGGCGAUUUCUCUUACGCCCGCUGCUAACAGCACUGUUAUUGAACUGCUGUUGAAGAUUAUGGAUAGUGCGUGUGCGACGUACAGGCUGAUCAUCGUGGAGGGUCUGUGUCGGCUGCUGUACCUCGGCCACUUGGAGUCGCCGGCCAUCCUCAGCAGACUCAUUCUACUCUGGUUCAAUCCCGCUACAGUGGAAGAAGACAUGUUGCGUCAGACGAUUGGUGUGUUCUUCCAAACGUUCCCCAGCAGUGUAGACGGAGCGCAAGAACAAAUUCAGAAAGCGACGUUGCCAACUCUCCGCGCGCUCGCGAACGCGCCGUCCAGCUCGCCCAUCGCCGAGAUAGACCAGGAGGCCGUCGUCAAGUUCAUCGUCUCGCUCACCAGAAUCAACCACGAGCUAUCAGACAGUCAGGGCGCUCUGGCGCUGGCGGUGGCGGGUCACCUGCGGCGCGCGGGCGGCGGCGAGGCGGCGCUGUGCUGCCGGCUGCUGGCGCUGCUGUCGCCGCCGCGUGACGCCGCGCUUGCGACGCAGCUGGCAACGGCACUGAGGGAUCUUGUGCAGAAAAUACCAGACAAGCAGUCGUGUCGUAACCUGACGCGCUACCUCGGCGCUCUGGAGGCUAUGGAACGAUCUAGCAUCAACAAACUCUCUUCUAUGGGUAUGAUAACUGAAACAUCUAUGCCGGCCGAAGAUACUAUGCCAUCCAUUGGACGCAAUACAAAUUCUUUACCUCAACCACUCGCUAGAAGCACUCAUGUGGUGAUCAACGAAACUGUGGAGGAGGAAGUCGAGAUCGACGAGACGUCGCCCAGCGAGAUACCAAACGUUACUGAAACUAAUGUUACUGAAGAUCAACGUCAAGAGUCCGAUGAAAGGAAGUCACUGCCGUCGUCAGAUGUAGUCAGCGGCACGCCGGACGAGCCCAACGACACGGACUCUAGUGACAGUAGCGGCGUCUCUCCCGUUAAAAAGGCUAAAAUAACUAAAGGUAGGAAAAAGAAAUUAUCAAUGUCAAGACGCACCGCAUCUAGUGGUGAAGGCGAGAAAGGUACAGAAAAUUAUCAAGCUAAAGAAAAAGAUGAUAAAAAUGACAAAGGCGUGAAAAGAAGUCGAUCUCAGCGGUCUAGAGUGGAUGUAGAUAGAGCAAAAGCCAUCAAUAAAGAAAAAGAGAACGAGCUAGAAAAGUCUCCGCAUUUAGAUGAUCUAGAUGUAUCGAAUGUGACAGUUCGAAGAUCGACUCAGCCCAGCCGAUCCGGUUCCAAUUCCGAUUCAAACAGCUCAAACAAAAAGGAUGGUAAUACUAAAAAAGAAAUAAAACAGAAGAAAGGACAAGGUGCAGCCAAAGCAACAACCGCAAAAUCGAAAAAACCCGAAUUAGAAAAGUUCUUGCCGCUAGACGAAAUGGAUGUAUCUAAUGUAACUGUGAGACGGACGACGCACGGCGGGAAGACCAGCUCCAACUCUGACUCCAACUCUCCUGUCAUCGCCAAGAAUAAACAGAAGAAAGUUCAAAAGAGAGUGGAAGCGUCGCGGCGCGUGACUCGUUCUUCAAGGUCGCGGUCGAGUCUGGAGCUCGCCGACACGUCGCAGUCUGCUGACGACACUGAGCUGCACACCAUCGUCUAUGACAAUGACUUCGUCCAAGAAGCUUUAGACGACUCUACUGAACUGAAUAACACGAGUAAACACAACUCCAAAGCAAAUGUUACUGUGCCUGAGUCUCCUGAGGAAAGUGAAUUGUCUGAAUCGGAGCCAGAACCGAUACCCGUAAAAGGCAAGAAGAAAGGAAAGAAAUAGAUCAUUUAUAGACUAGAAUUAUAAUGAAUUAUUAUUAUUAAAUUUCCUAAGU